AUGACGGAGACCCCCAUCCCCCGCUCGUCCCAGGACAUCACCCCCGCGGACAGCGUGAUCGAGGCCAGCCACCUGCAGCAGCGACGCAACUCCUACAGAGGGCUCGAGUCUGAGGACGGCAUGUCGACUCUGGGAGGCCGCAGCGGGAUGAGGCCUAAAAUGAUGAUGCCGUUUGAUGCCCAGCCGCCUCAGCCGGUCAUCUCAGCUCACCCCAUCCACUCCCUGGACUCGCUCCAGCCUCAGCACUACCACAGCCUGGCCUCGCCCACGCGCACCUACCUGUACCACCCCCAGGCCAGUGGAGGGCGCUACCACCCCUGUGCCUCCCCCAUCGCUCACCUGUCCCGGGGCGAGUCUAUAGAGUCGGUGAGGAACACGCCGUGCUCGGACGCCCCUCCCCCGGCCUCCUCGCAGCUCUCCUCGCAGCUCUCCUCGCAGCUCUCCUCGCAGCUCUCCUCGCAGCUCUCCUGUCCCUCGGAGAUCACGGUGGACCCGGAGGGGAGCUACCACGGCAGCACCACGGAGGAGGAGGGCAGCUAUAGCGGCAGCCUGGCCCCUCUGCGCCCGGUGCACGCACACGCACACCCGCUGAAGAGCUUCGCAGUCCCCGCCAUCCCCCCGGGAGCCCACCCCUCCUACGAGAACCCCGCCCUGCCCUGCACGCCCCUGCUCACACAGAGCGGCGCUCCCAGCCACCCCCACGUGGUGAAGACGGCCUCCAUCGGGACCCUGGGCCGGACGCGGACCCCGAUGAUCGUGACGGUGCCCAACGCCCCGGACGUCCCGGAGACCAGCCGGAUGUUGGAGGACGUGGACAGUGUCCAGGUAUCACAGGUACAGGACAUCAGCUGCAGUCUUUGCCUCAGCAUCAGCCCCUCCCCCUGCCCUCCUAACCUGACUGACCUGGGCUUGCUCUCCCCCCUCUCCCCCUCUCCCCCCUCUUCCCCCCUGGCUCUCCUGCAGGUCCUGGCCUCCCUGACGCCCUCCUCCGCCUCGCGCAGUAACGCCCCCCCUCCUGUGCCUCUCCCGCAGAGCUACGAACCCGACGAGCUGACGGAGGAGAUGGCCCACCUGGAGGGCCUCAUGAAAGACCUGAACGCAAUCACCACCGCGCCCUAG